UCGAUACGUAGUGUUAUUACAGACAAAGACAAGAAAAAAAUGUAAAUAUGAUAACAAAUACGAUAACAACGACUUUACAGAUACUAUAUAGACUAACCUAGGUAUCACUAUAACAAUGUAUAGAUAACAUCAAUGGAUGCAAAAUAUCAUCUGAUCGACACGGUCUGUUAUUUCAUCAUGUGAUCAACAGGAAGAGAUAGCCGGGUCCUUAUGAGCGAGUGGCCAUGUUCAACCAGCUAAGGGUUUGUCAUAGUUAUUAUUCCAUGAAGUAAAUAUACAGUUUCUGACCAUGGACCAGCGUUGGGCACAAGAUGUGUUACGGUGUCAUCUCUGUGAGACCCCUAGCCCUCUUAUGAUUUGUGACGUUUGCCACAUACACCUGUGUAAAGCAUGUGUAGGGGAACAUCUUGCAGACCUUACCACAGAUCACAUAGUUGCACCAAUAACAAACCACACAUUGGAUUCUUCUGAUGCUGAGUCCUCUCAACCAAACAGACCGCUCAUCGAUGUACCACAUAUAGUUACAACUAUAAACACCGAAUAUGGAUAUUAUAAACUACGUAAUGUGUCAUGCCAGUGUGAUAAAGAGAUUUGGACGUGUGGCGAGGACAAAAUAAUGAGACUCUACAACCACCGCAAGGAACUAAUGAGGAUAAUCCAAAGCAAAUCAGGGAACAAUCCAGCGGACAUAGCAGUGACAAGGAGUGGGGAUUUAGUUUAUACUGAUUACAAUGAUAGAACCGUGAACAUAGUGAAAAAUACACAGAUACAGACAGUGAUCAGAGUACAGGGAUUGAGACCUUGCGGUGUCUGUAAUACCUCCUCUGGUGACCUCUUGGUUGUCAUUGACAGUGAUCACGAUGAUGAACAAACAAAGGUUGUGCGUUACUCUUGCUCCAAAGAGAAACAAAUCAUUCAAUACGAUAAAAAAGGACAACCUCUCUAUUCGUCAAGUGGUACCUGUAAAUACAUCAUGAUCAGUGAGAACAGGAACCUAGAUAUCUGUAUGUCUGACAGUAGCGCUCGUGCAGUAGUGGUGGUCAAUCAGGCCGGGAAACUCCGGUUUACCUACACUGGUCCUCCCUCUACUACCAAGGGAUCAUUUGAACCAUUGGGCAUCACAACAGACAGCCAGGGUCGGAUCCUGAUAACAGAUUUAAACCUGAACAAACGCUGUAUCCACAUCCUGGAUCAAGAUGGGAAGUUUCUCCGCUUCAUUGAAAACUGUGAUUUACAGUGGCCAUGGGGUUUAUGUGUGGACUCCAAAGACAACCUCUAUGUUGCUGAAUUAAGAUUAGGUAACCUGAAGAAAAUACAAUAUUGUAUGUAAACAAAUUUUGUAAGAUUGAAUGUAAGUGAUGAAUAUAUUAUGAGUUUUAUGGUUCAUUAUAGAGAAUGACUCUCCGGGAGUAGAGAGCGCUCUACACUACAUGUAUAUGUGUGAUUACUAAAUUAAUUUAAUGGAAGAACCAUCUACCCUAAUUAAAGAAAUGUUGGAAUAUCA